ACUCUCAGGGCGCCCUCCCACACAGAGACGAGAGAUGUUGUAGCAGCAACCCGCAGACAAUGACGACCACCACUUUGAUUCUGUUGCUCGUGGUUUUAACGGCUCGCUGGGGUGUUUGUCCAGAUCGUCCGGAGAAACCACAGCUGUCAGCAGACCGAGAAGAUAGAACAUAUAUGUCAGGUGAAGAGGUGAAUUUUACCUGUGGCACAACCCAACCUGUAUACCCGAACAACAGUUUUGUCCUGUACAGAGCCGAAAUACCUCUUUCAUCAAAACCCAGAGAUAGAUCAUGGGAAUACGGGGUCACGUUUACCAUCACGGUCUCCAGCUCUGGGUCAGAAGAUUACUGCUGUGUUCAGAUGAGCCCGGUGUCUGGGAGAAACGCAUCCUCAGAGAAGAGCGAACCAGUGAAUAUAACGGUAGUGGUUCUACCCACACCCAGGAUAGUGGUUGAUUUCACCACCGUUGUUCGGGGUGCAGACGUCACACUUAACUGUGAAAGCUGGCAGAAAAUCUCAGUCAAAACAUUUUACUUUUACCACAACGAGGGAUUAAUUUACUCUGCUCCCAAGUCUACCGCUGCAUGGGGCAAUUCAGCCACCUUCACCAUCAAGAACAUGGAUGACAAUAAGAGCGGGAGCUACAAUUGCACUUAUGAGGUUGAGAAGAAUGGAAGGCGUCUGACCUCGGCGUGGAGUAAUUCUGUGCAUUUAUCUGCAACAGAUCUGCUUCUUAAACCGCUACUACGAGUUGAUCGUGUGGAUAAAGUAUAUCUGAGGAAAGAAAAGGUCACUUUCACUUGUUCAGUCAACUGCGUAUCAGGAGGCCUCCAUUUUUUUCUGUACAGAGCGCAAACAUCUGCCGAAAUAGAAAGAAUUUAUUCCGGUGAUGUUUGCAGAGUGAACGCUGUCGUUAAGGAAAGAAGUAUUGGGUCGGAAGAAUACUUCUGUUAUUAUACAAAAAAUAUUUCGGGGAAGAUGAUACAAUCCGAUCGAAGUGAAGAAGUGACGAUAACGACCCUGGCCGAACCAGAAGCUCCAAAGAUAUCACACGGGCGACCGAUCGGCUUGUUCUCAAAAACUGAGACGGUGAGUCUAACCUGCGAAGCCAACAGAAUUAUUCCGAAUCAAUUCUACUUCCGCAAACGUGGUCUCCGUUUAUCCUCCGAACAAAUCACCGUGAAGGGCAACACUGGGAUGUUCACGGUUACCACGAAGAAUCAAAGUGGACCGUACACAUGCCAAUACACAACCAACGUGCAAUCGAGGCUUCUGGAUUCCCUGCCAAGCAAACAGGUGGACAUCUUUGUAGCAGAUCUGGCGCCGCCAACUUUAUCAGCGGAUUUGAGCGAUGCUGCUUCCGAAGACAUCACGUUCAUCUGUACAAGCCCACUGCACCUUCCAGCGAUGACAUUUUUCCUGCAUCGACACGGAGACUCAAGGCACCUUCAAGACCGUCAGACAGGGAACAAUUCAGUCAAAUUCACCAUUCCGAAUACAGAUAUCAACAAAGGCAGAAGAUACACCUGUCAUUUUGAAGUGCACGAGACGAAAGGACUGAUCUUGUCUGCUUUGAGCAAUGUUUUAGAUAUUCCUCCCAGGGAUAAAUCGUUCGGUGUGCAAAUUGGCAUUCGAAUGGUUGCGUUUCUGAUUGUCAGCAUUUUGAUGAUGGGGAUAGUGUACUGGAAGAAAGAUGUUCUGUUUCAACAGAGAGAAAAGAAAUAUGAUCAGCGAGCCAUCGCCGUUAGCACUGUUGACCAGGAUGCCACCUAUGCAGAAGUGAGGCUGUAGAGUGUUUGCAAGCGCCUCCGGGGAUCCUUCAACAAUGGGGAAGCUGCCGACCAUUGCGGUGAUCGUUCAUAUUUUAUACAUUCAAUAUUUUACAGAGUAUCGUAUGCCUAUUGAAGUUGAUGCAUAGAAAAGAAAUUUCCAUGUAUACUUUACCUACUUUGCUAAGCUUCAAUCUUAACAGAUCACAUAACAGCCGAAAAAAUAGAACGCAUGGACAGAGGACAUAUCCCCGUGUGCCUGUUUUGCUAUGCAAUGUAAUCCUGAUAACCAGAUUGACCUCAAGUUACUUGUUCUUUCGAUUGAACAUCGCCAUUGCCUUCCUUAUCGCAAACAUGCCCAUUGGUGACACCAAAAUAAGUUCAUUGUUUAACUUCCAAUGCCCGGCUAAGUCAAGAAACGUAAGAAUUAAUCUUUCCCGCGACAAGAAAUUGCGCAUCCUCUCUGUAGUACACGGGCGAGAGCAGUGAAUUUGUGAUAUCUAAUUUUCGGAGUAAAGGAGAGACGGCGACCUUGCAAAAUUGCAAAAUUUCCCAGACUAGUUAAACCUCAAGGAGCACAGAUCAGCUCUAUGGACACUGAUUAGCCUUCUAAUGAUGAGUCAUUCAUCAAUGACUCGCCUCAAAUUCAUUUACCUCCCUUCACUCAAUGAAAUUUGACUCUUUACAAGAUAAGAAAAAAAGGAUGGAUAUUUGAUAGAUCCAGUUGUCCUCCAAUAUAUACGGCCAUUUGUGGAUAAGAUUGCAAAAUUCUACACUAUAUGUGGAAGUGUGUUUCUUGCUUUCUCUCGAAUCACCUGAAACUCAUGAACCAACUGCUUAUUUCGUUUUGCGUUGGCUGACCUGAAGAAAUAGCCUCUCUGCCUUCGUACUAUUACAUUGUUGGAGA